CUUUAUCUUGCCUUCGAACGCUAUGACAACUCAAAAGCAGAUAUUAGUACCAUGCUAAAUAAAAGCGACAAUCUCAGAGUCGCAGCUGUAUUAAACAUAGUACUAUUCUUUAUUACACUAUAUCUUAUCAAUCAUUUACUGCAGUACUUUAUGCAGAAUCAUCAUGAUGACAGUUCAUCCUGCAGUAUUUAUAUGAGCUCUGUGGGCUGCAGCAUAUUGCUCACUGAUUAGCUGAACUUGUCAAGCUACGGAAGUCGAGAAAGGCUAAAACACAUAACGUUACUCGUUCAACGUUUAAUCAUGGCAGACGCUAGUAACAAGGCUGGUGGAAGUGUCUACAAUGACGUGAAGGAAUACUAUGGAAAGACGCUGAAGAAGACAUCUGACCUGAAAAGCAAUGCCUGUGUUCCGUCUGGCAAGCCUAUCCCUGCAUACGUGAAAAAAGUGAUAGCUGAGAUCCAUCCGGAUGUCAUUGCAAAGUACUAUGGCUGUGGUCUGGUGGUCCCUGAGUGUCUGGAGGGCAGCAGGGUGCUUGAUCUUGGCUGUGGGAGCGGACGGGACUGCUACAUGCUCAGCCAGCUUGUAGGAGAGAAGGGACAUGUCACAGGCAUCGACAUGACUGAAGAUCAGCUUGAGGUGGCUAGGAAAUACAUCGACUACCACAUGCAAAAAUUUGGCUAUAAAAAGCCAAAUGUGAACUUUGUUCAAGGCUACAUUGAGGCCUUGGCAGAAGCAGGUCUGGAGGAGAAAUCAUAUGAUAUCAUCAUAUCAAACUGUGUGGUGAACCUGUCACCAGAUAAAGCCAGCGUACUGAGGGAGGCUUACCGUGUGCUGAAGGAUGGAGGGGAGUUGUACUUUAGUGAUGUUUACAGUGAUGCUAGAAUCUCUGAAGACCUCAAGGCUAACAAAGUGUUAUGGGGUGAAUGCCUCAGUGGAGCAUUGUGUUGGGAAGACCUGAUACGACUGGCUGAAGAGGUUGGAUUCUGUAAACCCAGACUGGUUACUGCUAGUAUCAUCACUGUGGGCAACAAGGAACUAGAGAAACUGCUUGGUGACUACAAAUUUGUGUCAGCCACAUACCGGCUCUUCAAGUUACCAAAAGGUUCAGAGAAGAAGUCCUGUCUGGUUAUGUACAAUGGAGAAAUUACAGGUGCGGAGGAAAACUUCGAGUUUGAUGCCCAGUAUGACUUUAAGGUAGAUAAAGAGAUGGAGGUGGAAGAUGAUGUGGCCAACAUCUUGAGCAGUUCCAGAUUUUCUGGAGAAUUUACAUUUCAGCUUCAGGGGUUGAAACCCUCCGGCUCUAGAGGAUGCUGGGACAAACCCAAGGCAGUGUCUGUGAAUCCCUUUGAGCUGGUCCAGCAGUUGGGCAGUGCAAGUGUAACUCCUUCCACUGGGGGGUGCUGUGGAGACCAGCAGUCGUGCUGCAAGUAACUCCUGGCAAAUUAUUAUUUGAUUUUGACCUUAAAAGAACAGGUAAUUUGUUGCUAAUUGUGACUGUGAUUUUGUUCGAAUAUAAUAUUACUAUACAUUCUAUUAUACAGAAUUACAUUUUUAAUUCGUGAAAGGUACAAAGACAUAGAAAAGCAAGAUGAAAUCGAUCAAUCUAGUGAUGUUUUAAAUAAGUCUUCAAUCUUACUGAUAAAUGUAUAUCAAUGACCAGGUAUAGACCUGACACAGUUGCAUAAUCUAAAGUGUUCACCUGCCAUGUUUAAUCUUUAUUGUGAUCUUUAUUGUAUUGCUAAACAUAAGCUAACUGAAAACAAAUGGUUUAUUGAACUUUUGUAAUCAAAAUACUUUUUCCAUUGCUGUAAUAAAAAUAUGUUUAAGCAAGCUGACUGCUUGGGUAUUACUAUCCAAAUACAGCUGUAGGAUAUUCAGUUGUGAUAUACUUAUAAAUAAAUUUGAUUUAAUGAUUCUGACAUGCAAAUCACGUUUAAUAAAAUGUAAUCUAUACACAUC